UGCCAGUAAUGCUUACUGUUAGAUCUCUGUGUACUAUAAGUCUGUUGAGUUGUGUUCUGGCAACUUGUCGGGAGGGCUUUAAGCGCGUGGGCACAAAAUGUUACAUUAUAUCCGACAAGAAGAUGGAGUGGCUUCCGGCCAGGGACUUUUGCGCUGAGAAAAAAACCCAGAUGUUGGUGGUAGAAAAUGAAAAGGAAAGGGAUCUUCUGUUGACAUUUCUCAAAAGCGAAGGACUUGAAUUAGGUUGCUGGGGUUCUGGAGUUUGGACAGCAAUUAAUUGCCUCAAAGAAAAUCGCAAGUUUAUUGUGUAUCCCACAAACGAACAAAUUCCAUUUGAUAUGUGGGGACCUGAACAGCCUGACCAUGACGUUCAAAAGUGUGUGUCAUGUUGUUAUCACGCUAACCCAAAAGCCUUAGUGUAUCAUGAUUAUUGGUGCUAUGGCGAGUAUAGAGCUGUAUGUCAGUAUCCUGCACCCGCAGAAGAGACAGAAAUCUGCGUUGAAGUUGAACAAGCUCCCCCAUAUUGUAAACCUCUUAAGCACCAUGCCUCGCAAAACAUAAAGCCACUUGCUAAGAUCGAACUUUAAGUAAUUUCUUGAUUAAAUUGAAGAAUUGAAAUAAAAUAACAACAUAUGUUUAAUAUUA